AAGAUGCUGUUUUGAUGAUAAUAGACCCGUUUGUUUAGGUAAUCGACAAAAACAGCGGAAUCAGAACUCAUCCGGGAUCUAGGUUUGGUAGCUUUUGCUGCUCUUCCGAUCGAGUCGCCAAGGAAGGAGCGACUUGAUCCUUUCUAGUAUAGAUCGCUUGAAAAAUUAGGUCGAAAGGGAUGCCGCUGCAGAUAGACUCCGACGGACGCCAACAGUCUCUGGAUGUAAUCUCAUCGCAUUUAAUCGGGAGGAGCAGUUUCUGUAUAAACUUAAAAGGCUUCAGAGUAACCCAUUCUCGACCGAGUGUCUUUGUAAGAUACUUAAGCUCAAGUUCACAUUAAUAACUCCGCUGUGACGCGAAGGUUAAAGUGUAAUAACCAGCUAGGUUAACACAAGCUAGCGUUAGCUGGUCGACAACAAAAGRGCGGAUCGGUAAUCCUCGGCAACGCUUCGUCGGAGAGGUCGAGUCUGUAACGSAAAAGUCGACCGCGCGGAGUUCGGACCCCGCCGUUGUCUGCCUGUGCUGAAGAUAUUUUCAAGACAGCCAUGAAACUGUUGGAAAACUCCAGCUUUGAAGCCCUCAGCUCCAGACUGUGCGUCGAAACCGGAGAGUCUCGCAUCCUUGGCAGGAUCGAGAGCUACUCCUGUAAGAUGGCAGGAGACGAUAAGCACAUGUUCAAGCAGUUCUGCCAGGAGGGGGAGCCWCAUGUCCUGGAGGCCCUUUCUCCUCCUCAAUCCACUGGCACCACAAGCCCCUCACAGCUGGGGAAGAGCAGCGAGGAUGGGGAGAACCCUCUGAGUGAUAAAGUUUGCAGGAAGACUCUGUUCUACCUCAUCACCACGCUCAACGAGUCCUUCAGGCCGGACUACGACUUCAGCGCCGCUCGGGCCCACGAGUUCAGCAGAGAGCCYAGCCUCAACUGGGUGGCCAACGCCGUGAACAGCAGCUUGUUCUCYGCUGUAGGGGAGGAGUUUAACUCUCUGCGGCCCGAGCUGUGGAACGCCAUCGACCAGGAGAUCAACCUGCCGAGCUGCGAUAUAUACAGCUACAACCCGGAUCUGGACUCGGACCCUUUUGGUGAGGAGGGGAGCCUUUGGUCCUUUAACUACUUCUUUUACAACAAAAAGCUGAAGAGGAUUGUGUUCUUCACGUGUCGCUCUGUCAGCGUCCUGAGUGGCUACGGCCGUGGUUGUCUCGACAACGAGCUGGACAUGGAGCUGGAGGACGAGGAGGAAAUGGACGGCUUUACUGAGGAAGGGUGCCCCAGAGCUCUGUGUGUGUAAAUCCUGGCUACGCCUCCUAAAUAUCUGUAAACUCAAAAUUCACAUUUUUUUUCCCCUUUUCUUUCCCUGUGGGAUUUCGCUGCCUCAUCCAGAACCAUUGGUACUUUCUAAACUACUGCAUGUUUGUUCCCUUUUUUGGUGAACUGUGUGCUGCAGAGGUGGACGUUUUCUUUAAAAACGACAAAAAAAGACGCCCCACGGCCGCAUCAAGCUCCUUGAUUUAUUACCCACUUUUUUUUUACCCUGAAGUCCUCAGAGAACCUUUCUUCUCUGCGUUUAAUCAAGGACAACUUGUUAUGAGCAUGCGAAACAAAGUGGAUUUAUGGCAGAGAAAUUGUGAAACAGACUGCCAGCAAGUUUGGUGUCCAAAAAGAAGAAGGAGAAGAAAAAAAAGUCCAGGUAACAGCAGCAAGAGUGAGACAUUUCUUUUUAGUCCAGCCCAGGGCAGAGCCGAGUCCACGAAAAGCCUGAAAAGACUGACUGAACAGCUGAUGGCUUGACAUGUGUUCAAUGUUCCUUUAUUUGUGUGACGUUACUGUGACAUGUUAGAAAUAAGCUUUUAUUACUCAAACGUAUUGUAUGAUCGCUAUUUCCAACCUUUCGUCUGUACCUUUGGACAGGAAAAGUUUGGUCAGGUAUCUGGUUUUCAGCUUAGAAAACAUAUCAGCUUUUAUUCCKCUUUUUGUUUAUAAAACAAGUUUAUUCCCUAAAUUUCUGUUAACUGAAUUUUGAUUAUUGCUCUGUUGCAAAGGCAUAAUUACAAGUGAAUGUAUAUUAAAGAUGAAAAACAUUUUAGAAACUGCAUAGCAAACGUUCACUAAAAUGUGAAACGUUCUAACUCCUGUGCUUUAAUCUAGCUAUUGUUGCAGAUUGUAAUAAAUGUUUGUAUCUGAGGUGACUUGAA